AUGGGACAAUCCAAGAGCAAACAUGAACCUGAAGUUCCACGUGAAGCUCCACUGUUGGAGAAGCCGUGGAGGACAGCCAACUGGGGGAAAGACAAUCCAUCAUUGAACAGAAGUGAAGGACACCAUCUGACUCCUAUUUAUUCCUCCAUCCUCAGACCUAAAUCAAUAAGAGCACCCAUCAGAGGCCGUGCUAACAGAAAGAGCAAACAGGACUUGCUGAGAGCAGUGAAGGAGUUCAGACCAACUGAUGAUGUGAGCCAUGUGCGUGUUCUUCUGUAUGGGCCUGUGGGGGCAGGGAAGUCCAGUUUUGUGAACUCUGUGGGCAUUGCGAUCCGAGGCAGAGGAGUCAUUGAUGCUGCAGCCAACGCCAGCACAGACAGCACCAAGAGCUUCACUUUGAAGUACAAAACCCACCACAUCAGAAAAGAAGGACAUAAAGAGUACUAUCCGUUUGUGUUCAAUGACGUCAUGGGUCUGGAGAGUGGUGAAGAUAUCGGCGCUCGAGCUGAGGACAUCAAACUGGCCAUGAUGGGGCACAUGAGGGACGGCUACACGUUCAACCCUAUUUCUACACUGUCGGAGAGCAACACUCAGUUCUAUAACCCCACUCCAUCUGCAGAUGACAAAGUGCACCUGCUGGUUUGUAUGUUGUCUGCAAAUGCUCCGGACAUCAAGCCGUCUGUGCUUCAGAAGAUGAAGGAAAUCAGAGAGACUGCUCGAGACCUGGGGAUUCCUCAGGUCGCUGUGGCCACACACAUUGAUGCCAUGUGUGAGGAGGUCCAAAAAGAUGUGAAGAAUGUCUUCAGGAGCAAAUACCUCAAACAGAAGAUGGAAAUAUUCAGUGCGACUGUGGGAAUCCCUGUGAACUGCAUUUUCCCAGUGAAGAACUACAGUGUUACUGUGGAUAAUGAGGAGGACAUGGACAUCCUGAUCCUGACUGCUCUCAAACACAUGCUCAACUUUGCCGACGAUUACCUCGACACAUUAUAAACAUCUAUUAAUUCACUUCUUUACGUUGUACAAUAUUAUCACUGAGGGAACACACAACUGAAUAUCAAAGUACAUUCACACUCAUACACAUGCACAAGUGUUGUAUGGAUGAUUGUUUCAUCACUAUUAUAGUAUUUUAGAGAACUGCAUAAUUGUUUCUGAUGACCAGUUGAAUUUCCUAAGUUUCAGAAUGAUGAAUAAUUAGAAACGUUGCCAUAGCAGCUAACAAUAUCAAACAAAAUAUGAUAUGUUCUGAAUGUUAUAAAUGUUGCCUGUAAGUAUAACUGGAAACUGAAAAUGAGAAAAGAUGCCUAAUAAACAGACUAUAUAUACAAUGCUGUU